AUGUGGAAUGGAGAAGAAAGUCCUUUCAAGCCAAAGUAUGAGGCCGAGGAGCGUUUUCCCGUGAGGAACGUGAGAGUGGAUCUGCCUCCGCUCUUUGCUGGAGAUGGUAGCCAAAGUUUUCUCGGCUGGGUGAGACAGCUGGAGGUGGCCAUCCAGGCUACUGUGGGCACCGGUUCGGACUGUGAUGAAGAACUUUCAGCGUUUCUCCUGUGGGACAGCCUUCCGGAUAGAGUGAAGCAUGAUUAUUCUGCCGUGAAAGAGAAGCUCGCUGGCGCAUUUGGACAGAGACAGUUUAUGGACCGCUUCAGAGCCACCCUCUCGGCUCGUCCCCGUGCUGCGGGCGAGAGCUUGGAAGUCUACGCAGCGGAUGUGAGUCGCCUGGUGGCGGAGGCUUUCCCGGACAAUGGGGUCGUGGCGCGCAAAGAGGAGAAGUUUCGGCGCUUCCUCGCAAGUCUGGAUCCAGCGUUGAAGAGCAAGUGUUUGGAGCAAGGCGCCACUGAUUUAGAAGAGGCGCCUAAAGAUGCGAAAACGCUAGAGAGGCGCUACAGAGGGACUGUGUGA